CCCUUUGACAUUGACAUUCUGAAGUCUGAACAUAGAUGACAUAGAACUUUUUGAUAAACCUCUCAGUUUUUCAGUUUUCACAACGUAAAAAUUAGUUUUUAUUGAAUUCUUCAUUCGAUAGUCUUACGAAAUGUACGAAUCUCCGCAAUUCGCUCGCUACCACUUUCUGUAAUUCUAUACUGUAUCCUGUAUCCGGUUACAGUUAUCGUUAUCUUAUCUAGCAACAGGUUCGCCGCAGCCUCAGCAUCCGGUGUUGUUAUUUCAUUAAUUUCAUUAUUUAUUAUGUUAUCAGUUUCCAAAUUCUGUUGUAUUUACGUACUAAUUCCUCCACUUCAUUUCAUGCUCAGAUCUUACAGCCUUUAAGGCAUUCAUUGAACUUUCAUACUAUGUCUGCAGCUCAUAGUAAUGUUGAAAUGGCAACUUUGCCUCCUCGCAAGCAUUCUGUUACCAUCAAAGUUCAAGCAGAACGAAGAACACCGCUGCAAUUGCUCCUUCAAAUGGGGUUUCCAAGACAUAGAGCAGAGAAAGCACUCACUGCAACUGGUCAUAAAAGUGUGCAGCUUGCAUCUGAUUGGCUUCUUGCACAUGUCAAUGAUCCAACCAUUGAUCUUGUCACAAUGCGAGAAUAUAUUCUGUAUGCAGUUCCUGUCGGCCAAUUAAUGGAACAACUUCAAUCUUUUUGGGAAGUCUCUGCCAACGAGUGCGGUUGGAAUGGUGCACACAAUUUUUUUCCGCACAUAUCUCUCACAUCAUUUUUUAAGGCUCCUAAUGAACAUACUGAACGUUUGGUUGCAAUUCUGAAACACAUAAUGGAAGACAACAGUAUUAAGUUGGGAGGUCAAGUCAAACUUGAAAAUUACAUGUCACCAAAUUUCAUGGGACUUUUUGUAGAAGAUGAGCACAUAGAAGACUUCAACAGGAUAACAAUGAAGUUUGUGGAUCAAGUUUCAAAUCUUGCUGUGCCAGUUAAGCCCCAUAUCAAAGCACUUCACCUAACAAUAGCCUACCAGUUUCCUUCCUCACAAUUCCAUGAAUUAAAAUCCAUCGUAGAGUCAUCUGUUGAUCCAAAUGCCACAGCUUCUUGGGAAAUUCGUCUUUAUUCCCGUGAUUCCAGAUUCUCCGGGAAGCAUGUUUACAAAGUUAAUUAUUCACACAUUCCAAGAGAGCCGGAUGAAUUAGAGCUGCGAACUGGUGAUUUUGUUUACCUUGCACCGGAAGAUGUAGAGAAUUCACCAGAUAGCUGGGUUGAAGGAACGUCAUGGCUAACUGGAUGCUGUGGUUUCUUACCCGUAAACUAUGUGGAACGAACAGCAGAGACAGAUGCUUGGACUUUACAUGCGUCUUUUUCAAUGAGCUCUGAUCAUAGUAUUGAUGAAAUUGAAAAUUUAUCAUCUCCUAAGUCCCUGUUUUUUCAAAAAAAAUCUGAUGUUCACGAGGAAGAUUUUGGAAGUAAUUCUGACAUUCCAGCAUUAUAUGAGAACCUGAAGGUUGAAAAGGCAGAAAACAGACAACUUUAUAUCGUAAGACAUGGAGAAAGAGUCGACUUCACUUUCGGCAAAUGGAUUCCUUACUGUUUUGACGAACGAGGGAGCUAUAUGAGGAAAGAUCUAAAUUUGCCCCUCUCUGUUCCUCAAAGAGCGAGUGGUCCACCCGGAUUUUUAUUUGACAGCCCUUUAACACAAAUUGGUGAACUGCAAGCAAGAUUAACCGGAGAGGCUUUAAGGCUGGCUGGUAGAAAAGUAAGCAGUGUCUACUGCUCUCCAUCUCUACGUUGCGUGCAAACAUGCCAUAAUAUUUUAUUAGGUUUAGGAAUUGCAAAUGACCUGCCAAUAUCUAUAGAGCCCUCACUAUUCGAAUGGCUUGGUUGGUACACAGAAAUGCUACCAGAAUGGCUUUGUCCAGAGGAGCUUGUAAAUUUUGGAUUCAACAUAGACUUAUAUUAUGAACCAUCAAUAAAAAUAGAAGAUUUGAAGAAUAUCGUCACAGAAACAGUAGAAAAUUAUUAUAAUCGAAGUUAUGAACUUGUAAAAAAAGCCAUCAGUCAAACAGGAGGCAAUAUCCUUUUUGUUGGACAUGCAUCCUCAUUGGAGACAUGCACACGGCAGCUGAUAGAGGCAGUUCCUCUUGGAGUGGCACAUUUUCUGCUUCUCUUUCUCUGCCUUCUUCGCGGCUUCUUUCCUCACUCUGUCUUUGAUGAUAGGUCGAAUAUGGAGUUCCAUCAUUGCAGUCUUAUAUUGUGGGUUAAACAACAGUUGUCGAUACAAUCAUCGCUGAAAUCAGGAAACCUUGCUUUCAAGGUUUUUACUACCUGUCGGGCAAAGUUUGCUCCUGUUUUCUUUUUGCUUAUGAUCUUUUCCAAUCCAUGAUUUAGUCCUUUGAGCACUGGAAUUAGUAUCGAGAGAGCGGGUAGGGUUUCAGAGGACAACUGGGUUGUCGCCUCAUCGAAGGGCCGAAGUAUUUCAACUGAGCCCUCUAGCUGGUACCAUUCCUGCCCAAGGAGCCCUUCUACAUUAGCCUCUAUCAGUUCAAGCAUGAUUGGCUCCUUUUGCUCAGCGAGCCUCUUAAGAAUAAUAAAUUCACUGUUAAAUCUUGCUUCCACAUCCUGUUAUAACUCGUGUUCAGGCUUACUCAGAGCUUUCUGAUUCUUCCUCAAAUUUUCAUUUGCUCUUGUCCUAUGAUUUUGGCCAACAAUUUGCAACAUUUACACAACAUGGGCUCAAUAAAAGAGCAAGCUCUCAUAGCAUCAGACAUUGCCAACUGUAAAUUGUGAAUUGAGCAUGGUAUGCAAGUAAAUUUGCCAUCAUUAGAAGCACAAAUCAUGUUACUUGCAUUGUUGCUAAGGUCAAGCAAUAUGUUAAGAUUCCACUCGUCAAGGAUUGUUCCGACCAUGGCACUGAUUGCUUUAUCAGUAUGGCUGCCUGGGAAGUAACGGGUAUCCAAGCUUAAGCUUGUAAUCUUAAAAUUAUCAUUUACAAAGUGGACUGUCACUGUCAUAUAUCCUUCCUCAGCCUGACUGGUCCAUUGAUUAGUUGUGAGACACAUGUACUUACCUGUCAUCUGCGGUAGCUAAUGUUUUUUUCACUUCUUCUCGUAACACUCUGUAUUUAUUUUUGGCAAAAUAUUUCUUGGCAGGGUAGUUCUGCUAGGCAUUUUAUAAUCAGGAUUCUGUUCAUGCACAAAUUCCUUGAAACCUGCAUUCUCAGCUAUAGAGAAAGCCUGGUGAUUGUGUGCAAUCAUGAGACCCAGGAGUGAGUCAAGUUUUUUAUUUUUCUAGAGGGUGGCAUGGAAGAAUUUUUUUGGGGGAAAAACCUGAGAUUUGUCCUGCUGAUGUUAUUCUUGUGGAUGGCUUUUCCUCAGCAAGUAGCGAAGUGUACACAUCCUUGUGUUUGGACCGUAGAUGUCCUAUAGUUAAAAAAUUGCAUCGAUCUGAGGAAGAAAAGGGAUUAGGCCAAUUAAUCCAGGUAAAAUUAUUCGAUUUUACUGAUUAAAUUAUCGAUUUUUGGGUCAAAUCGAUUAAAAAUCCGCAUCCCUAUUGCAAAUUAUACUACUUUUUAUUACCUAAGAAGAUCGUUAUGAAAGAGCAUUGUCGGAAAUUUUUCCGAAAAGAAGGAUCAGAAGAUGUUAAUUGAAUUUUUCUAGAAAAUAGUAUGAUAUUUUGUUGAAAUAUUUGUUUUGUUGUAAUGUUGUGAUUUUUUAUCCUGCAAAUUGAGUUUUGUGUCCGUCCAUUGUAUAGUCAAUAAACUAGUAAAGUACAAUCCUGA